CGCAGAAAUUCGUUUCACGAGCAAGUCAGCAAGGUGCUUUUUGUCGCAACUCAAGUUACUCGACGAAGAUAUAUUGCCUUGAUUUUAUUCAGACGAGGUCAGAGUAGCUGCUGUAAAAUGGAUAACCCACCGAUGGAAAUGUAUGUGUAUUAAGGUUAAAGCUCCGUGAAUAUAUAGUAGUUUGGAGGGCUGAUUUAUAUCGUAUUGAAGCCCACGCGUUGACAGGGUGACAGGGAUUUGACCUCCACUCAUUAAACCACCAUUUCUAUUAAAAAGUAAGGCCGGUGAGGGGCAACCACGGGCUCCUGGACAAAUUGGUGAACACGGCCAGGGCCCCCCCUGUCCCUCUUGACUCUGACGCUGAUGGCCACACGAAAGUAUUUUUUAAUCGCAAUCAACAAGGGAAUUGCCAGCGAAUUACUUACAAGAAAUCGCUGGAGAAUUUUGGUGCCGAUGAUGCAUGUGGCGUACAUGCAUGUUCCCAUACCAGGAUAUGGAUGUAAUAAAUUUACCUCAUUUCAUCUUAUAACUGAUAAAGAUGUGAUGUAAACAAUGUUGGGCUAACUGUUUUUGCAGAAAAAAUUAUCGAAAAAUCGUUUAUUUCAUAUUUGGUACGUUUUACGAUCGAUCACGAUGAUCAGCAGAUAGUGUGCAAGUAGGCAUAUUUCAUUCAGAACAUACAUAAGCGACAUGAUAAACAAUACAAACAUUUUACCGAUAUUUCCGGGACCCUCUGAGUACUCCGGGCCCCGGGUAUUUUGCCCCCCCCCCCUCUCGCCGGCCUUGUUAAAAAGACUAUUCAUAGCAUUAUCCCCACUGGUGAUCUUUCUGAAAAUGCCAAAAACCUCAUAUCCACCACACCUUACACCAUAGUGGAAAGUACGCUUUGGCUGCCGCAGGAGACUGCCGCAGUUGACAAGACCAUGUAUUAUAACCUGCCGCAAUGCCAAUAAUAUGCUGCCGCAGGUGAAAAAUUUAAACGACUACACUCGACUACAACACAGCUUUUUUGUCGAAUAAUUAAUACAUCUUAAGAUGUGUUGAUACAACACACCACUGGCAUGUCACCCAAAUUGUGCCGCAGGUAUUUUCUGAACAAUUUCUGCCGCACUAUCAAUUUUACAGUUUUUCUGCCGCAAGAUUUUGCCGCAUCAGCAGUUUUUUACCUUUGCCUGCCGCGGGAGAUCUCCCAUUAAAGUGCCCAACUUUCCACUAUGGACCUUACACACCUGUCAUGUACUUUUUGCCCAAAAUUCACAAACCUGACAACCAUAGACCCAUUGUCUCUGCUUGUGGUUGUCCCACCCAACUCAUCUCCAGUUUUCUUGAUUGUGUCAUGGCACCCUUGGUUGAGGACUUACCAUCCUAUAUCAAGGAUACCAAACAAGCUCUCCAAAUUUUUCAGAACAUUCAAUUUCAUGGCACUCACAUGUUCAUUUUCUCUUGAUGGUUUAAGCGCCCUCAAAUUCUUUCUAGAUAAGUGCCCCAACCAGGGACCAUUUACUGCUGUUUUGGUUUGAUUGGCUGAGUUGGUGCUCACCCUCAAUAAUUUUUCUUUUGAUGGUGAGCAUUACCAACAAAUAAGUGGUGUAGCCAUGGGAACCAAAAUGGUCCCAACUAUGCUAAUUUGUUUGUUGGCUUUGUGGAAAAACAAAUCUUCGAACAAUACACUAGUCUGAUCCCAUCCCUGAUUACCUUGGUGGGUACAUAGAUGACUGUCGUGGCACAGCAUCAUCUGUAGUUGCGGCGCAACUCAUUCUCGCACCCAUCGAGCCAUGUGAUGCUCUGAUCCUGUGUGAGAUGGGCUCUGGGUAUGAGAAUGUGGCAUAGCCUACUGUAGCUCCAUUUGAAGAUUGGCUACCUCCACAAAAAUAAAAUCUACAGACCUGUAUGCUUUUUGUGAUUUUUGAGUGCUAGAGUGGGGAGUGGGGUACACCCUAACCCCCCCCCCCCCUAAUUUGUGCCUCUGAGUGAAGAUGAGGAAGUUUUCUGGAAAUGAGACACAAAUUGUCCAACGGGACUAUCCCACCUCUCUAUUGGACUCAAAGUUAGAGAUAUCACCAUUUUGGCACCAGAAUCUCAAUACCAUAUCAAUUAAGCACCAUUUCAUGUGUGCCUCCUCCCAUCUUACCUACUGCAUCUCAUGCAAUCAGGGAAACUGGAAGAUCUUUCAGGACAAGGUUUGGUGAGCAUCGGCAUGCAGUCAUUGGCAAUGAUGAACCAGCCUGUUGCCAGACAUUUUAAUACUGGCAAUCACAGUGUCUCAAAGAUUCCAUCGAAAUUCAAGCCCUCUUUCCCCCAUUUCGAAUCUGGAAGCAACGAUAGCUGCAAAAUACAUGAAAUGUUCUUCAUCUCCAAGCUUGACACGAUCCACCCCUAUGACAUGAAUGAACUUUUUCCCAUGUUUAACUCUAUCUGUCUUUGCCUGUUUAAAACAGACAUUGACAAUACUUUUAAUUCUCACCUUAUUCCAUACUUGUUUCAUACAGUAUAUAUUUCUUUGUAUUUGUUGUAGUUUUCUAACUCUAUAUUUUAAUUUUGUAUUAUUUAACAUAUUCUGUAAUGUGAUUUACAUUUUUUGUUUAUACUAAAUCCAUCUGAUUGGUUUAUCUUUUGUCACAUGAUCACUUUUAUAUUUUUAGUGUAAAAGUCAUGUAAUUUUUCCGUCCCCACUGCUAACUUCCCAAGGAAGGGCCUUUGCUCAAAACAUCAAAUUUUCCCUUGUAUAUUUCAGGUAGUUGCAUCCCUACUAUACAAAUGAAAGCUUGAUGUUAUAUAAAAUAUUUCUGUAUAUCUAUCUUUUCCUUCCCCAGUAUUACUGGACUAGUUGCAGGGUAUGAGAUUGUGCACAUCUAGUUAUUACCAGUUAAUGAUAAGAAAGCUUUGGAUUGAUUGGGAUUGAACUACUGGGAAAAUGCAAGGAUAACUUCCAUGUUUCAAGCAAAGGCCCUUUGUCAAGAAGUUAUAGAAUGGGUUAAUGGUUAUAAUGGUAUUUUUUCUAGUGAUUUGGUUGACGAAAAGCAAUUAUCAACUGCUGCACCUGGUACCAUUACUAAUACCACCACAAGUAUGUGUAGUACAGCAUUCACUGAUCAAUGGUACACAAAAUCACAAACUUGUUGUACCUUAAGGUGGUUCAAUAUAUUAAUCCAGCUAACAAUACCUGUAUUCCCUCAUACAAGAAUUGCGAAAAACAAAACUUUAUGCCAUAUGAAUAACCUGACUGUGUGAUCAUUUGUGUCUGCAGGAAUUAAUAUUAGCAAAAGACCUUUCAGUAUGACCUGUUAUGGCAACUUGCAUAUACCAUUGCAGUGAAUUUUUUAUUCAUGCGUUGGAAAGAAAAACAUUAAAAUGUAUGAACAUCCUAAUACAUAUCUGCUGCAUAAAAAGACAAACUGUUAUACACCUAAAGUUUUUUGAAAACUGUAUCAAGCCGCCAUAAAAAUGAAAAUACCAUGUCUUAAUGGUAUUAUAUCCUGAAAACUGUAUCAAGCUGCCAUAAAAAUACCAUGUCUUAAUGGUAUCAUAUACAUAAAAAUACCAUGUCUUAAUCAGAAUGUCUUAAUUCUGCAGCUACCAUAUUUAACAGUUUACCACAAGAAGUUAGGGACAACUCAUUUUAUCGUAGUUACGUUAAGGAAGUAAAAACUGUGCUCACGGAAAGGGCGCAUAACCAAAUAAUAAACUUACUGAUAAUCUUUGUACCUGUACAACUGUUGUUGGUACUAUUCCUGCCACGACUACUAAAAGUACCAUAUCUGACACCACUGUAGAUAUCGUUGCUGACCCUGCCAUUGGCGCUGAUACUCAUAGUGGUACUGGUAUCAAUUCACCACCAAAGCCUACUAGCACAACCACUACUAGUUCACCAACUACCAAAACCAACCUCAUGACUAGUGGAAAACGAAAGCAGAAGCUACUCUGGCGAGAUGAGAAUGCACCUAAGCCUCCAUUAAGUGCGUACCUGCAGUUCUUAAGCAAGAAUCGUGACGCUGUCCGAUCUCAAAAUCCAGGCGUGGCAGUUAAUGAACUUACAAAGGUUCUGGGGACUAUGUGGAGUGAAAUGCCAUUAGACAAAAAACAGGUGAGCAUACACUUUUAAGGUUUUUUUUAACUUAAAAGGUUUAAAAUAUGCUGCCCAAAAACUCUUGAGUUUUGAAAUUCAGCUAUUUCAUCAAGCGUUUCAGUGCAGUAAAAAUGAAGUUUGUUUUUCUUGUCAGAAUCCCAACAAAGCAAGGAAAAACAUACACUUGCAAUUCAUAACAACACAAGAAAAACCACCCUGCCUCUUUAAGGGUGUACAGCCCUUCCCAAACCCCUAGCAAUUUAGGUAAAACUAAUCUUCUCUGUGAAAAUCCAGCAAAAAAAACCUGGUAGUUGAAUGGAUAUAGAUAAUCUAUAUACUUAAUUGAAAUUCAAAACUUUCAAUUCAAACAGUAUAUAAAAAGUGAUAAGUUAUUACACAGGGCUUGGUCACCCAACACACCACCCUUUCGGAAAGUGCUUAGUCUUGACUUAGCCUUGGUUUUAUGAUUGAGAUAUUGGGUUUAGACAAUGCCUAAGGGUUAGUUUUUGCUGAGGGAGGAAGACCAAAGAAAGUCUAAAAUAUAAAACCCCCAAAUCCAGCUUUUUGUCCGCAUCAUCUAGACGUUAUUUGAAGCUGCAUUUCAUUACAUCAUCAUUUUUUUCAACGAGGAAUAACUCCAAGCCAAUAGACCUAUUUUGCUGUUUAUUUAUGGUCAUCUAUAAAAUGCUUCAACACUCGAAUGAGGAAGUUAAAACCUGCGUUUUUUCCAAGGUCUUGAUUGGCUGUAGGUUAUUGGUCUAAAUCCGUCUGGGAUUCUGAUCGAGUUUAAUUGUCCGUAACGCACCGUAUAGGCCUUUCAUAUCACUAUUGAAUGGCAAUAGGCCUAUCUGGGAGCUUGUUACGACUAUCAUAGUUUUUUCUCGGUGUUUUGGUGUUUCUAUUUUGGGAUACUUAUAUUUAUCAGUUUACCGUCCCCAGCCUGCUUUCCAGCACGUACAUUAGUUACCCAACCUAACCCCAUCCCUACUCUCAACCUAGAGCAGCUGGCUUAACUCAAACAUACGAAAUAGCACACUAACGAUAUUUGUUAUCACUACCAUGACAAUAAAAUUUGGUCAAAUUGGUAAUCGUCUCUCAAUCAAAUUUUAGAGUUAUCUUGACCAAGCUGAAAGAGAUAAGAAACAAUACAUGACUGAAUUAGAGCAGUACCAGAAGACUGACUCUUAUAAAAGUUUUGUUCAAGAACGAGAAAAGACACUAAAAGGUAAAUGUAAUUCUGUAUUGAGAUACAUUGUUCGAUAUGAACAAAUUCAGAUGUUUUAUGAUACUACUUAUGUUUUGAUCUCGUUUUGCAGUUCUCAAGCAAGAAGAGAAAGCAUCAGUGAGUUCAUUUUCUAUUACUGACACUUUAUUCUGAGCUUCAAAGAUGCAGUCAUGUAAAAAUUAAAAAGGUUAAAUCAGUGAAGAAGAAAAACCAAAUGAAUUUAGAUUGAAGGGAACUGAUGAAAUAUGUGAAAGAAAGAGAAGUAAAUGAAUAUCAAAGAAAGUGACAGAAGGAAGAAUGGAAACAACAAAGACUUUGUCUUCAACUUUUUGCUAUAUCUAUAUAAUUUGUGUGUGGUCUGUGGGAAAGUUACUGUGUGUGUGUAUGUACAUGAAUGCAAAAUAAGUAUAAUAACAUAGUUUCAUUUAUUUCUAACUAUAUAGCCAGGGAGUCAUUUGAUAUGUAUACCAUGUAACAAGUGGUUUGAGAACGCACACAACUUCAGAGAGCAUGUCAAAAGUCGCAAACACCAACGUAACAUUUUGGAAGCUCAAACUCGUGGUAAAAAAUCUAAGAAAUCUACUCUGACUGUCAGACAAGAUGACCAUACUGUGGAGACAGUAGCACAAAGGAAAGCUCCGACACAAGGUAUACAUAUCCAAUAUGAAUUUUCAUGAAUUAUGUUCAGGAAGAUAUGCAGGGCUUUCUAUAUAUGAGCGAGGUAAUAAGAUUGAAAAUUUAAGAUUGUUUGAUUCAUACUUCGAAAUACCACAUGAAUUUUUUUGUGCUUGAGGUCGCUCUUGCGCUUGUGCCAAAUUAGUCGAAUCACAUUAAGACGCUCUGCUUAUGCCUGCAUCGAACCUUUGCCCGAGCCCUCCAUAAUUUUAGGGAGGCCGGGGGCAAAGGCUCGAUGCGGGCAUAAGUAGACCCUGGGUCUCCGGUCAAAUCAAUUGGUGAGAAUUACAGUAAUAUUUAUUGCAUAGCAAGUGUCAAAGUUCAAUUUUCCUGUUUGCAGAUUGGUCAAAACCGUAUUAGUGGGGCGGAUAAGUGAAAGUAUUGUGCAUUUUGUGAAGAAAGCAACAUAUUGACAGGAUGUGUAGACUUUGACACAAGUAUGGAUAUCAGAUAUGGAGGCAUCUGUGAAAUUAACGCUAACAGCAAAACAUUUGGAAUUUCUGACAUUUUAUUAUAAAUUUCUUUUACUGAUAAAAUUUUUAGCUAUCACCAUUAAUUUCACAGAUUCCUCCAUAUCUGAUAUUCAUACUUGUGACGAAGUCUACACAUACUGUGAAUAUGCUUUCUUCACUAAUAUCAUUUUAGUCAAUUUACUCGACUCUGAUUGGUUAAAAACCGUGCCGAUUAAACAUUAAACGCACAAGUGUGCCUAAAUAUUUCGCCAAUCACGCGUGCGAUUUUUCAUUAAUACUUCUCGAACCGUGUAAUUUCCUAUACUAAUAAUAUACAUAAAAAUAUUACUCGACUGUGAUUGGUUGAUUUGGCAAACAGCAGUGCAAUUUUCUGUAAUCACAGUGCAAUUUCCUGUAAUCACAGUGCAAUUUUUUGUAAUCACAGUGCAAUUUUCUGUAAUCACAGUGCAAAAAUCUGCAGCAAACUGAUCUGAUUGGUGGAAAAACAAUGUGAUGAUAAAAUCAACCAAUCAAUUUAACGCAGUUUAGUUUAAAGAAGUAACAGUCGCAGAUUGCUUCAAAACAAAACAAACACGGCGCCGCGCUACAUAAAGUAAAAGUUGACUUCGGUUGGAAAAUAUGGCUUUUAUCUUUCUCUUAAAAUGGAAAAGCCUCUACCUUAAAUAAGACUAACAAAACGUACAUAGUUAAGUAGAAUUGUCAAGCUGGUAGCGUUGUAUAAUGUGAUAUAACAAAGUCAGGAAAACUUUGCCAGUGGACGGUUCGCUAUAAACGUAAGUUAACUACAAUUGCUUCGAACAUUUUUAUGUAAAUUAUUAAUAAGAAAUAGCAUGCGUUCUCGUAAAAUAUGGUUAAACAUGCACUCGUGAGUUUUUCAAAGACCUCAAAUAGCACUCGUGCUACUGUAUUUUGAGGUCUUUGAAAAACUCACUCGUGCAUGUUAUAUCCAAAUUGCACUCAAAACCAUGCCAUUACCUAUACUAACUGCACAAUUAUUGCAAAAUUGUGCGCUUAUCCGCCCCACUAUAUCACGUGCCGGUCCACACAACGUCAUGUUCACUACAUGCUUUGGUGAGGGACCGGUCAAUAAUAAAACCGGAAGUGGGACGCGAGUUGUUCGCGUCAACCAGCCAUAGUUAAUAUAAUGAUUCAAAUUUCAAAACAAGGUUUUUUCAAGAGUUUCAGCAUGUCUGUCGGACGGUUUUAUUACAGUUUCGGAAUAGCAGGGGAAUUAUUGAGACUUUGAGACUUGCUGUAUAGCAAAGCACUUAUUUACUGAGACCUCGGGAAAACAGCGUAUUGUGGCCCCUCGACCCAUGGGCAGCAACGGCGUUCUCGGGGCCACAAAACACGCUGUUUCCCUUGGUCUCACCCUGGUCUCACUAAAUGAGUGAUAAUUAUAAAACAAUGAAAAGAUAAUGGAACUUCCGACCACCCACGAGAUGUUGACCUGCCGGCAUUAUUGUUGCUAAGUGCCAAAAACCCAAUGUGCCCUCUAUUUUUUCCUCCAGGAAUUCCGGCCAGUAAAAGUGCCACCCAAGUGAACAACUUUCCAGAUAUGUCUGCGGUUUCUGAAGGAGAUUUAAACGUCCCUGUAUUUUCCGAUGCAUUCCUGCAUUAUAACAAAAGUAAGUAGAGGUAAAAUUUGUGGGCAAAUUUACUCAAUAUUUUGAGUAAAGUUCCAAAUAUACUCAAUUUUUUAGUAAAGAUUUACCUUAUUCAAAAAGUGAUAGAAGCAAAUUUCUCAUAAAUUUGAAUAAAUUUACUCAUUUUGAGUCACUCAAGUUUUAUCCAGCAGGCGUAGGUCCAAGCAAAACCAGGUCAAAAUUGACUAAAAAGUGUAACAGGCUAGUACUAAAUUUAACCUGUUGCUUCACGAAGGGCAUGAGCUCGAAAAAUCUAGGAUCGUUUUCUACGUUUCAGCUAGUUAUAUCCUUCAAUUAAAGUUAAUCAUUAUAUUUUAUAGGUCGGGAGUCUGAACUACGCAAACUUCGCAAAGCAACAACAGAACUUGAAGAACAAAAUGCAAUACUGAGCAAGCAUAUUGACAAUUUAAACACAGCCAUUGGCAAGCUGGAAGACGAAAAAACGGAAUCGGCACAAGACAUUGAAACUCUAGAACCAUUUUUGAAAAGUUUUCACGAAUUCGUAUCUCGGCAUUUUUGCAAGUCAGGACUGUCGGACGCAGAUACCCAACUAACAGAACUGAAUAUCAGAGAGUUCUUGUUGAAGUUACACAAGAUUUACUCGUCAAGUGACAAUACAACGAUAGCAAAACUUAAGAAGGUGUUAAAUGAAUUAGAUUAUCCCAAGUAAGUUUGCUUUUUGAAAUUUGUGUGGUAGGGUCAAGUUUUGCGUGAUUCCAUGUAUUAUUGUUAUCCUUAUGUGCAUGUAUAUUACAACCUGAAUGUAUACAGUAUGUCUUAAAGUAUUUUCGGAUAGGUGGGUUUUACUAAGGGUAAAUAUCAGGAUCUUAGCAUUGCAGCGGGCGUGGGAAAUUGUCAAAUAUUCUGAAAUCAAUAUUUGGCAAUGUUAAAGGUAUUUAUUAAGACCUUUACACUUUUCUCCAAGUGCCUCCACAAUGCAGAAAAUGCCGUUUCACAGACCCAAAAUGCCAUCUUCUGGAAGAGUAUGUCCCCAGACCCUACUAAGUUGCCCCCCCCCCUCUCCCCCCUAAAAAAAAUUAUAACCAACACAAUUUAUGAUCAAGGACAAGGCAAAACCUAACCACUAUUUUUAUUUAUUUUUAGUUGCUUGGACAAUAAACAGUGAUUAUGCACUCAUACUGGUGUUCUGAAGACUUGCUAAAAGAAAACAUUUAUGUCGGCUUAUUGACACAAUGGGAUUGAAACUGGUUUACCUAGAAACUGGCUUUUCAUAAUCUCAGAUGGUCUUGUAUUCACUAUAAUUAUUUUCAUAUUAAACUAAACAGUACCGUACUGUACUUUAAAUAGCUUAGAUUAUGAGACUAACGCGCUACUGCACUAACUGGGCGACUAGCGCAUGCCAUGAUCUUUUCUCUCAUUUUGGACUAAGCUUUUUAUUUUUGCCUCCAAACAAACACUUGAUUCAAUUGUUGAAAGGAUUUGUAGAUGAAAAUUUCGAGUGGAUUUUUUUGUAUAUUAGACCUAACCAGGAGCAGUUGCGAAAGUGUCGGCCCUCUGGCAAGAGUAGAAUCUGCGGUCCUGCGAUUCUGGUGCAGCGGUCUAACCAACUGAGCUACAGGGAGACAGUUGUCUAGUUCUAACCUAACUAUGUUCUAACCACAAGUUCAUGCAUGCCUUUGUUUCAAUAGAGGGGGCUUUGAGAGAUAUUACUUUUCAGAGGGUGUUUACUUCAUAUUUCGCGAAAUUAUCGACUGGUAAAGGAUUUUGCUUAUUGUAAGUUAAAGGGAUAUGGC